AUAACGCUCUGACGCCACCUACGUCUGAUAUCAGAUUUCUUCGGCAGUACUCCCAACAGUUUACUGUAUUAUGUACAUGGGACAUGCUUUUAAAAUCACGUGUAGAAGUUGAUAAAAGGGUUAAUAACCUGUGCCGUAUCCGUGAUGUCUAUUACUUCCAACACCCUUCGUACUCUCUCUUUUCUAUCUCCUUCAGCCGUAUCUAUUACCGAAACAAAACUGCUACAUAUCAUAAAAUAGUUUAUUGAUUCAACAUGGCAUCUAUUUCCUACGAAAACAGGACUACGGAAGAGAUCCUCUGUGACGCCUGUGACGAUAACGAUCUCUUCACAGUCCAGAAGAUCGUCGACGCCGGCCUCCCUAUAUCACAAGAAACCCUCAACCGAGCAGCAUCCACAGCAGCACACUCAGAAGACGCCCAAGUCCUUCGAUUUCUCCUCGAAAGAGGCGCCUCAGUAAACGGGAGACAAUUACUCCCAGGAGCAUGCAACAAGCUCGAAAUGCUGCAAGCGAUGUACGACUACGGGUGGCACGCCGAGCAAAUCAACCAGGAUAUGAAAGAAUAUCCCUACAUGCAAAUAAUCGUCUCCAAUGUGCCAAUUCUCGAGUGGCUGCUUGAGCACGGGAUGGACCCUAAUUUGCCAGGGGACCGGCGCACAGACCCGAUCCGGGGGCACUUGACGCCCCUCAAUGCAGCCGCCUUCCGGGGUCGGUUUACCGAGGAUGCGGUGAAUAGCUUGAAGCUGCUGGUGAGCCGAGGAGCGGUGUUAGAUCCUUUCGUCCUGGAAAAUGCUAUUGGACUUGAUGUGCGUGGUGGUCGGAGAUAUAGUAGGAAAGUGGUGCAGUGGCUGGUGGGGCAUGGUGCUGAUGUUAACUAUCGCAUGCAAUCUGGUGCGACGCUGCUGUAUGCCGCAGUAGAAGCAGAGAAUUUCGAGCUGGUGACUACACUACUUGAACUUGGUGCUGAUGCCUCUGAGAGGGAUCCACGCAGCGGAAUGACGCCGCUAGAGAGAGCACGAGCGCAAGGUUUGGAGGAAAUAGGUGACGUGAUCGAUUACAGUGAAGAUCUGAUAGGUGGAAAGUCUAGUUAUGUUGGCUUGAGCCGCUUGGAUAUUAAACUUGCCGUUGCUGUAUAGAAUUACUGGCGUUGGAGAGAUCAACUACCUAUCUAGGUGAGGUGCCUAGGUGCCUCCUGUCACGAGUUUAUGCCUGCAUGAGUUACGUCCGGAUGAGAUACCUACUAGAUUAUUACUUAAUACAGACGCUUUGGUUUGAUUAG